AUGCAAGAACCCAACUACCACGUACCUCGACCAUUUUCCAGGCACUUCGACGCUUCAGUGUGCAAUCUGUUUCCAGAUGUCGACAAGAAAAGUUUUAAAGUUCUUGACGUGGCGGCUGGAACAGGCCUGUUGGGGUUAGAAUUAAACAAACUUGGAUAUACCAAUAUUGAUGCCCUUGACAUGUCGCAAGAAAUGCUUAACAGAGCUAUGAUGAAAAAUGUCUACAAUAAACUUAUCUGCGCCGCCAUGACUGAUCAGCUGAUAAAUGGUAUCGAGACCGCGGAGUAUGAUGCAUUGACGUGCAGCUCUGCGGUAUGCACUUCGCAUGUCCGGCCCAGUGCAUUUGAGGAGAUGGUAAAAAUUGUCAAACCAGGAGGGGUUUUGUGCUUCAAUAUAAGUCUCGUGGAAGAGAAGAAUUACGAAGAAAAACUAAAUGAGUUGGAAAAUAAUGGGAAAUGGCGACUCGUUCAGCAGGAGAAGAUUCCUUUCGUACAGGUAGAAAAUUUAGAGGAGUGUUAUUUGUACAUUUACCAGCGUCAGUAA